AUGGCGUCGCGCGCGGAGGAGCGCACUGACCAUGUCGACCUGCUCGGCGCGAUCCUUCAGGUCCACAGACUCCUCGCCGGCGUCGAGCAUGCGUUCGUCGGUCUCGCGGGCACGAUCGUUCGCCUCAGCAAGGUCUUCCAGCAGACGGAUCACCUUCAGCACUUUCCUGAGCGCGACAACUUUCUUGAGCGGAGGUGGCUCGUCCCGCAGAAACACCUGCUCGUGCACGUCAAACCACACGAGUUCACGGCUGCAUGUGAAGCUGUCGGCGCUUCGUCGGUUCCCGAUGUCGAUUCAACACCUGCGGAAUUCACAGUGUCGGUCAGGUCGACGUAUGAGGAACACCAGCGCACCGUCACCUUCCGCUUCAACCUCGCAAAGCAGGUCGACCCGCCUAUCCGCCGAGACGGGACAUGGCCCAGAGAUAUCUGCGCUAUUUACGUUGGGCAGGGUGUGCACGAGCAGAGGCUCGAAGUACCAGCGGAGCGCGCCGUCUACGCAGCAGUUCGACGACUUCGCCCACUCUACGACAUUCCGCGCCAUGAACUCGCCGCCGGUUUCAAUGAGCAUGAACCGCCGCCAGUACCCGACGAGCUGCUGGCCUUUCACAUAGAAUGGCAAGUGCAAAUCGCGCUCGACAACCUUGGGCGUUCCGACCUCGGCUUUCUAGACCCUUCUGCGUGGGAUCGCGACGUCUCUCGCCUAAUGUCAGAGACGCAGUAUGCCGAGCGAGCCGAGCGUCUACUUGCGGUGCUUGUUGCAUCGCUCCAGCACACACCCGACGGAGACGAACCGACGAACCUCCUUGUCUGGCGUGCGGCUCGGCAAGAGGAUUCAGAGACAGGUCUGGUCCAACGCAAUGCAAGCGUCAAGCUGCGUCGUCUCGCCCGCCUUGUCGAGGAAUGGGAAGCGGUCCUCAAGCGUCCGUACCCGUCGCAGCACCACGCUCUUCGUCGGGACUAG